ACGUGAAUGAGGGAGGUGUGUGCAGUGAUACCACAGCUGGUUGGAGGAGUUUGGAGUAGUGAAUGAACUGGCUGCAGCAGAGGGGAGAGCUCUCAUACAGCAGAUCAUGGCGGAGUCCAGCCCUCUGACCACUCACGUGCUGAACGCUGCCGACGGCAUCCCGGCAGCCAGGAUGGCCCUCAGCCUGCACCGACUGGACUCCAAGCUGAUGAUCUGGGCCAUGCUGAGUGUCGGGACAACAAAUCAAGAUGGCCGCUGCCCAGGACUCAUCAACCAACAAACUUUCACUCCUGGCAUGUACAAGCUCCGCUUUGAGACGGGUUCAUACUGGGAAGGCCUUGGUCAGCCCUCUUUCUACCCCUAUGUGGAGGUUGUGUUCACCAUCAGUGCGCCAGAGCAGAGGUUUCACAUCCCUCUGCUGAUGAGUCGCUUCUCCUACAGCACUUACAGAGGAAGCUGAAAGCUGCAGAGAGACGGAUUUCUGCCGUUUUAUAGAUUUAUGACUUGAACUUGUGCAUGACUAAGACCAGUUAGGUUUCUCUUCUUUUGUCUUUUAUUCAGGUGUUAUUGUGUGCUACAUUUGUUAUCUGUUGAGUUUCACUUCAUGAGUGUAUUUACACCAAUCAAAAACAACAUUAAAACCUCCAUUACAGUCCGCAUUAUAGGUCCCUUGCCAGGCUGUACAAAUACCUGAUGA